AUGUAUGGCAAUGAUAUCAAAUAUGCCGAGCAGGAGUUUGAUUCUACGUUGAUGAAAGAUGAUGGUAUGGCUGAACGUGCUGUAUUCUUUGGCGUUUCACUACCUGGCAUGACCAACUGGGCGCAUGAGAUGGCCGUGGGUUCCACGCCUACCGUGGCGGAAGCACUCGAGCACCUACAUGUGGAUGUGACAGAUGUGAAUCGUGCCCCGCUCUCCGAAGACCCGAGCGUGACAGCGGUGAUCAAGAUGUACGAUUUGGAGGAAGCCGAGAAACUGAAGACAACAGAUGUGAUUGACCUCGUCGGUAUCCUCGGUAUCGACGCUCAGCCCACGGUUGAUUGGCAUUUGAGCGAAGAAGAGGCAGCCAUCCAGUGGAUGCCCUCUAUUCACGUCUUGCAUUGGACGCACACGCCAUUACACUCUAUGACGCAAGCAUUCUUGCAGCAAGUAUCAGUGCCAGAGACAGAAAAUGCCAUGCCUGCCCCAAGGCCUUUUCCGUUUGCUGACCAAGAUGCCUUGCGUUCUGGUCUUAUCGACUACCUGGCCACAGCCCUCGGCAAUGAUACACUGGCCGCAGAAAUUCAUGCACGUCGUGCCGGUAUGACGGUGGGGUCCAUUUCUCUCAACCUCUCGGGCAUGGUCGACCAUGAGCUUUUGCCGGUCCUAGAGUCACUUAUGCCCGCGGUGGUUCGGCAGCCACUGAGCCUUGCCACACUUAACGAUCCAAAGCACACUCUGUUUGUGCGACAUGAAGAGCCGAACGCGUACGCCGGCCGCCUGCAGCUCCCGAACGGGACGUGUGUGGUGGUGGAUGAGCGAGAGAUGCAAGAGGGUAAGCUGCAAGAUCAUGGAAUAAAAAAUAUCAGCGCACUCGCGUCCGUGCUACAAAAGUACUCGCUGCCCUACGUGCUGCCCUACUCAGAGCUGCAUCUGGACACCGACUUGAUCAUGCUCAUCGUUAGUGAAGGCAAGACAUUUUUGCCGGUCGAUGUGCACGUUCCGCUACACAGUACACAGGCGAGUAUGGCGCCAAGCGCCUCGGUCGAGGCUUUGCAGACUUGGCGCGCUUAUUUGGCGCGCACGCGCCACAAUUCACUUGCUAUCCCUGAAAGUAUGUCGCAGCACAUCCAGGACGAUUUUGUCGAGCGGCGACGCAUCUCUCCCGAGUUCAACCAGGAAGAUCUGCAACGAUGUCUUAGUGUUGCGCGCCUCCUUGCGCUUUCUCACGGCCACGCCGAGCUGACGCCGGACAUCUGGCGCCGCGCCGUGUCCCUGGACGAGGCACUGGCCUCGUCGCCCCUACAGCGUAAAGGCGCGUAUGCAAGCCCAAGCGUCGCGCCACAUGUUCUUGGCCAUGUAGGUGCAGACUCGCAAGAGGACCUGGAUGUGUCACAAAAAUUGACAUGGCAAGACUGGCUCGAGCAGUGGCCCAGUGUGCUACUCGCAUAUGCGCAAGGCUGGUGGAUGGACCUACAGGCGUUUGUGCACAAACCCGAGCUUGGCGUACCCGUGGGCCUCUUUUUGCAUGUGCUCUCGCUACUCGCUCAGCUCUUAUUGCCCGGCUCCUCGUUUAGCGGGGGGCGCCGCUCCGCGGGCGCGCUGCGCCAUUCGUCACAUCUCUUUGCAAGUCACAAGCGCUACACAUCAGAUGCAAGUAGUGUGCGGGCAUACACGGAACACCUAAGCCGCAUGAUCUUAUCUCAGCGCCAUGCCGCACAGCGAUGGACCUCUCGUAUGAUGUCGCUGGCCUUGUGUGCGGUGGCCCUAUACAAUGCAUAUGUUUUAUUUUCCAAACACCGCACGUACCGCCUGUGGUACCGCGACGCGCAGGAUCUUGUUCGCAAUUCGCACGCUCGGCUCGAGGCACCGCCAACCGCCGCGGCGCCGCGGCGGACGUGGAAAGCAUGGGCGAAACACAUGGGCCUACUUAUCGCGCGCCAGAUCCCGAUUGUCGAAUGGUUCGUUCCGGCGCCUGUACACGAGUCACGGCCUACGGAGGCAAGUGAGCGCAUUUAUACGUUGCGGGUGUGGGACGUAUACGAAGCGCCGCUGUGGCUGUUCACGGUAUACUCGCCAGCACAUGCUCUGUGGUGGAGCGUCGCAGGCUCCCUAGGACUGCAUCCUGCCGUGACAUGGCUCAUAACGGGUGCGCUGCUCACGCUCUUUUCUGCGCAGGCGUACAUUCUAGCGAGCGAAAAUGCUGCAUGA